ACGGUUGGAACAAGGGAAGGGAAAAGCCAGGACCGUUUUUUAUACAGUCAACGUUUUUGACGGACAAAUACGCGUCUCUAGUCAUGGUGGGGCGGACAAGCAAUGUAACGCAAGAUUACGCAGGUGCUUCUGGUGCACCCUGUGCGUCCGGACGCAGGAGAGGAGCAGGCACCAUGCUGACAGAGCCUGCUAUCUUUGCCAAGGACACCAGCUGUGAGUGCCGCGCCCCUCAUGAGAAACUCUCCAUCGCUCAGGCCCGCAGAGGCACCCCAAUGGACCGCCCAGUGCGUGUAUAUGCAGAUGGAAUAUUUGAUUUGUUCCACUCCGGUCAUGCCAGAGCCCUGAUGCAGGCCAAGAACCUCUUCCCCAAUGCAUACCUCAUAGUGGGAGUGUGCAGUGAUGAGCUGACCCACAAGUACAAGGGUUUCACAGUGAUGACGGAGGAUGAGAGGUACGAGGCUCUGAGACACUGUCGCUAUGUCGACGAGGUGGUCCGAGACGCACCAUGGACGCUCACGCAGGACUUCCUGGAGAAACACCAGAUCGAUUUUGUGGCUCAUGACGAUAUCCCAUACUCCUCAGCAGGAACUGAGGACGUCUACAAACACAUCAAGGAGGCAGGCAUGUUCGUGCCGACCCAGCGGACAGAGGGUAUCUCGACCUCUGACCUGAUCACUCGUAUCGUACGAGACUACGACCUCUACGCUAGACGCAACCUACAGCGAGGCUACACCGCUAAAGAGCUCAACGUCAGCUUCAUCAACGAGAAGAAGUACCGCCUGCAGAACCAGGUGGACCGUAUGAAGGAGGCAACAUUUCUUCAACCUUCCUCCAACCUCCCUUCAACAUUUCUCCAACCUUCCUACAACCUUCCUACAACCUCCCUCCAACAGUCCUACCAUCUUCCUCCACCCUCCAAUCUCCCCCCAAGCUCCCUCCAACCUUCCUCUAACCUUCCGUUCUCCCCCAACCUCCCUCCAACCUGUUGAUCAUAUCACUCCAUCAUUUUACAUCCUCCCUUUUCUCCAUCCUUUCUUUUAGUUUAUCUCAACUAGUGUGAUCAUGAUAGGAGAUAUUGUACAGCGAUCGACUGCAGUGUGACUUUUUGCAGUGUGACAUCCAGUGAGCAGGCCUACACUGUUACAGAGCUCUCCAGACAGAGACUGACUUCAUGGACAAACAGACACAGUUCUCUAUGCUUAUAGAAUAAUAUAAUAGACUGUGUCUGCCCUAUGCAUUCUAUUUCUACCUGCAUCAUUCUGUAACAUGGUGCCUGCUGACUGACUGUGCCCUAGUGGAGACUUAACAGAGAGAAACACUGCCCUCUAGAGGAGUUGUAGUGUAGCUGCAUCCUUCCUGGGAGACGAGGAGAGAUGGCUACUUAAGACUAUUGAAAUGCACCCCGUUGCCAUAGCGACUGCAUAAAUGAAUGGAGGUUACAUCAUUUCAACAAUGGUAACACCAAGGAAUUCAGCUCCCUCCAACUCCCUCCCUCCCUCCCUCCCUCCAACAUUCCUCCAACCUUCCUCAACAUCUCUCCAAC